AUGGCUGCUGUCAUGGGUCCUUCGAUUGCACAGCACCCCUCCCCCUUCCGCGCCGCCCACAAUGUCUCAGUCUCCCAGUCGAGGCAGGGGUUCCAUCCGCCCCCAUCGGCCCCGCUCAAAUCGGCGUCGACACAGCCUUCGACGGCCCGCGACCCCUUCUGCGGGCACGAGAACGCGGCGCGCCUCUACGCCUACUUCAUCACUCAUCUCUUCGCCUGUCCAGAGUACCCUCCCUCGUCGUCGGGCUCGACUGCGAAGCUCCCGUACUUCAUCGCCUAUGCCCUCCACCGGACGAAACUCCACGCCCCGCUUCCCCACUGCUCACGGCUCUUCUGGCCACCUCUAUUCGUCUCCGCGUUUAUGAUUGCCUCCAAGGUGAUCUGCGACGACACGUACUCCAACAAGAGCCGGAGCAUCGUCGCACAGAGUAUGUUCCAGUUGCGCGAGAUCAACCAGAUGGAGAGGGAGAUGUGCCAGUACCUCGACUGGGAGCUCAGCGUCGACCCCGUCACUCUGCAGGAGUUCGAGGCCAUGAUUCGCAAGGACUUCGCUGGCCCUGGACCCUACCCCACCUACACCCUCCCCUCCCCUUCGAAGGCAAUGCCCCCUCCCCUCCCCUGUCUUCCCCUCAUCGAUGCCCACACCCGGGCCCACAUUGUUGAGCUUCCUGUGCACCCAUCACCACCACCACCAGCCCCUCUUGCGCAGCCACCUGCUCCCUCGUAUUUGCCUCCAGACGCUCCGGAGACCCCCUCCCUUUCGUAUUCGACGUCAUCGUCCCGCGCCUCGACAGCACCUCCGAAGACGCCUCACGGCAUUGAGGACCACACGGCGUGGAUCGUGUCGGCGGAGUCGUCACCGGUAUCAAAACACGACGCGAUGCCGGUCCAGCAGCAGCAACACCACCUCACAGGAUUGAGAUCCACAUGGCCUGGAUUGUAUUUCCUUUGUCAUACCCACACCCGGGCCCACUUCGUCAACGUCGACAACACCAUCACCCUCCCCUUACACCCCUCAGUGCUAUCCUUCGCCUCUGAAGCCGGUGCGUCCAUCACCACCCCCAGCAGCCCCUCUCGUGCAUCCCCCUGCUCCCUCGUACUCGCCUCCAGAUAUCCCCGAGACUCCCUCGCCUUCGUACUCCACUCAUCGUCCCCUGCCUCUACAGCAUCUCUGAAGGCGCCUCGCGGCAUUGAGGACCACACGGCCGGCCGGGAUCAUCAUCAAUACCCAUACCCGGGCCCCGUCGACGAGCUCGUUGACACCAUUGCCAUUGUCCUAUGCCCCACCAGCACUACCCUUCGCCUCUAA